GAAGGGAAGAGAGACCGUGCUGGGAAAGAAGACCAGUUCGCAGCCCUCUGUCGCAGAGACCAUCGCAGAGAUGAAAAGAGCUGGGGGUGCACUGACCACUGCCAUGCCCUCUGCAUUGUCUAUGAGGCCCUGGGAUGCUGCGCUCCCCAAUACCACUGCAGCAGCAAGGAGAAAUGGGAGUGUGCUAGAGAUGCCUCUGUUCCAUCAGUUUGCCCAGCUGGAUGAGGAACUGCAAGCCACCUUUCCCAGCCUAUGGCUGGCACUAAUGGUUGUGCAUGGCACCAUCUUCCUUGCCGGGCUGGUGCUCAACGGACUGGCGCUGUAUGUCUUCUGCUGUCGCACUCGGGCCAAGACACCUUCAGUCACCUAUACCAUCAACCUGGUGGUGACUGACCUGCUAGUGGGCCUGUCCCUACCCACACGCUUUGUUGUCUUCUACGGUGCCCGCGGCUGCCUGCGCUGUGCCUUCCCUCAUGUCCUGGGCUACUUCCUCAACAUGCAUUGUUCCAUCCUCUUCCUUACCUGCAUCUGUGUGGACCGCUACCUGGCCAUUGUGCAACCUGAGGGUUCCCGUCGCUGGCGCCAGCCAGCCUGUGCCAAGGCCGUGUGCAUCUUUGUGUGGCUGGCGGCAGGAGUCGUGACCCUGUCUGUCCUGGGUGUGAAGUCUGGUGGACGAUCAUGCUGCCGUGUUUUUGCUCUGACCGUUCUGGAGUUCCUUCUGCCGCUGCUGGUCAUCAGCGUGUUCACAGGCCGGAUCAUGUGCGCGCUGUCAAGGCCAGGUCUGCUACGCCAAGGCCGUCAGCGGCGUGUGAGGGCCAUGCAGCUGCUGCUCACGGUGCUGGUCAUCUUCCUGGUCUGUUUCACACCCUUCCAUGCCCGCCAGGUGGCGGUGGCACUGUGGCCCAAUGGACCUAGACAUACCAGCCUUGUGGCUUACCACGUGGCUGUCACCCUCAGCAGCCUCAACAGCUGCAUGGACCCCAUCGUCUACUGCUUCAUCACGAGUGGCUUCCAGACCACUGUCCGAGGCCUCUUCUACCAGCGUGGAGAAGAAUUCAAGCCCAGCAGUAUGGAUGUGGUCAGCAUGCACAAGAGCGCCAGGGGCUCAGCCCCCGUUCGCAUCCUCAGCACCGGUUCUCACACCCUCACCCAGACUCUGACCAACGGGCCUGAGCCAUAGGCAGCAGGACUCUGCCAAGGGUCAAAGUCAAGGCUCUGGGAGGUUACCGGGCAGACACAUCAUGGUUCUGGACAGCACGUUGAUUUCCUAUUGAUCCAUUGGAUAUGGCUGUCCAGUGGGUUAUGCUGACAAACUGAGCCCCACUGUGCUGUGACUGAUUAGCAAUGUCUGCAAGGGCUCCAGAUAGGGUAUAGUGGUAUGAAUGCUGGAUGCUUGCCUUUCCUAUGGCUGUGUAGUAUCCACUGAACACUCAAAAAGGUAUCUAGGAGCUGCUCCUAGCCUCCAUUAUUUAUGCCCCGAAGAAGGUCCUCCAGAGAAAGCACAAAGAUCAAUGUUCUGAUGACUCCCAGGAGGGUUAAACCCAACCAGAAGAGUCUCCAUUACAGGCAGAUAGAGAAACAAGAGUAGAAGGUCAAUGUUUGGGGGGGGGGGAGCGAUAGUGUUAGGUACAGAGAGUGGAGACACCCUAGGCCUCUGUGAACUACACCACAGGCCAGCAUAGCAAUUCAGGAUGGCCCUCUGUGUACCAGGAGUUGGACUUGGGUAUCUGAUUGACAUUUGAACCACUACAACCCCAAAUGAAGAGGCUAGUUUUAGUUGUAUCCUUUUGCGUGUGUGUGUGUGUGUGUGUGUGUGUGUGUGUGUGUGUGUGUGUGUACAGGCAGAGGGGGAAUUGACCCCAACACCACCACUGAUUCAUAGUGAGUGAGCUCAACGCCAAGACUCAAUCUCACAGUCUCCAGCAUCCCAGGCCCCUGUUCCCAUGGCUACCUCCCAGACUCCAAAGACCCAGCCCAGGAAUAGUCCUGAACCCACUGACCACUGCUCCAGACUUUGUAUGGCCACAGUCCUGUCCAGUGGUAGAAAACGCUAGGAAUAAAGAUCCAAAGCAA